UUGUGUGUGUACAUUAUAAGAUAAGGAAAUAAUUGAACAUUAAUUUAUGUAUGUCAACAAAUUGUGGCCAUUGGGCUAAUAUCAAUAUUAUUAUUCAAAUUUCCGGGAAGUCUAUUAGAAAAAUAAUCAAGUACAGGGGUAAAAAUGCAAAAUAGAAAACUAAGAGGGAAAGAAAAACAGCCAGUCAUUCAAAUUCAGGUUUCUCAAAGCCCACCGUUUUAUAACGAACACGUAAACUGUUUGCGCGGACUCUGAAGAAAAAAAAGAGCUUUUUAAAAAGCGCUUUCAAUUCUCUAUCUCCAAUUGUUCCCAAUCUUGUUCUUCCUUCUGCGAAGAGUUAGGGUUUUGCAUUCAAUCAAUUCGCUUCAAGCUUCAACAACAACAACAACAAUGGUGAUAAAAGGGAGGCACUCGCGUGUCCCGUAUCGGAAAUCGUCUCCUACUACUCUCAUUUUCACUACGCUAAUCACGUUCUCGUUCUUCAUUGUCAUCCUUCUCGCUCUCGGAAUUCUCUCGAUUCCCAGCGCUUCUCGUGGCUCUCCAAGCGGUCACGAUCUCAGCUCAAUCGUUCACAACACCAUAGACAGUGAUGGUGAUGAUUGGAGGGGAGAUCAGUGGGUUGAAGUUAUAUCUUGGGAGCCAAGAGCUUUCAUUUACCAUAAUUUCUUGUCUAAGGAUGAAUGUGCAUACCUAAUCAAUAUUGCUAAGCCGCAAAUGCAAAAGUCAAUGGUUGUAGAUACUGCAACUGGCAAGAGUAAAGAUAGUAGGGUACGUACGAGCUCUGGUGCAUUUCUGCCCAGAGGGCGUGAUAAAAUAAUCCGGAACAUUGAGAAAAGGAUUGCAGAUUUCAGCUUCAUCCCUGAAGAGCAUGGGGAAGGGCUUCAUGUUCUCCAUUAUGAAGUGGGCCAAAAAUAUGAACCUCACUAUGACUACUUUCUUGAUGAGUUUAACACUAAGCAUGGGGGUCAACGCAUUGCUACAGUUCUAAUGUACCUCUCGGAUGUUGAAGAUGGGGGUGAGACAGUAUUCCCUGUUGCGAAAGGAAAUAUUAGCUCUGUGCCUUGGUGGAAUGAGCUAUCUGAAUGUGGGAAAAAGGGACUUUCAGUUAAACCAAAGAUGGGUGAUGCGUUGCUUUUCUGGAGCAUGAGGCCUGAUGCUACUCUGGAUUCUUCAAGUUUACAUGGUAGCUGCCCUGUUAUUAAAGGGAACAAGUGGUCUUGUACCAAAUGGAUGCGUGUCGGUGAGUACAAGGCGGCUUAAUGUUGUAACUUACAGGUAUACAAAUUGACUUAAAUUCACAUACUCUGUUGUAUUCUUUGUAACAAAUGAUGAUUUACGGGCAGGAGCUCCUCAGCGUCUAGUCUGAUAGACCUUUAUACCUUUGUUUCAUGCCAUCAAUUUUGAUUUACAGUUCUCUUCUUAAUAAAAGUUUUGUUAGAAUAUGUUAUUAUAUCAUCAAGAAUAAAAUGAGUCUCAAAAAUCUUAGAUUGAAUUGUGACUGGUGAUGUAUUAUUGACACCCAACUGUUAAACCAGAUGUAUAUUUAGUGAAUUUAUAUCUAGUGAAUAUAUAUGAACUGGUCCUUGUCCUC